AUGGCUGUUGUUAAACUAUUGACUUACCCUGGGCGAAAGUCUCAAGAGCAACCAGAGUCGAACGCCGACAAAUCCUAUUUCCUGCCACAUUUGACAAACGGCUGGCAAGUUGACCAAGCAAUCCUCUCCGAAGAAGACCGUGUCGUCAUCCUCCGGUUCGGAACCGACUGGGACCCGACCUGCAUGCAAAUGGACGAACUCCUCUACUCUGUCGCCGAAAAGAUCAAGAACUUUGCCGUCAUUUACCUGGUCGAUAUCACCGAAGUGCCCGAUUUCAACAAGAUGUACGAGCUGUACGACCCCUGCACGACCAUGUUCUUCUUCCGCAACAAACAUAUCAUGGUCGAUCUCGGGACAGGAAACAACAACAAGAUCAAUUGGUCGCUGGAUAGUAAACAGGAGUUGAUCGAUAUUGUCGAGACGGUCUUUCGUGGUGCGAGAAAGGGACGUGGUCUUGUUGUUUCGCCCAAGGAUUACUCGACAAAGUACAAGUACUAG